UCGGAAGCGUUACCAGAUUUAAGUAACAAAUGUAAUCUAAAAAGCUUCAUUAAAGAAAUAUUCUUUAAAAGAUGUAUCUCAGGCGUUGAGAUAUCCGACGUGAUCGAUUAUACCGAUCUUACACCUAAAGAAAUCGAAGUUACUGUAAAAGAAUCACAAGAACUUAUAGCAUUUAAUCCAAAUACAAAACUUAUUUCAAAAGACGAAACACAAAAAUCAAUUAGUUUAUAUUUGAAAGAAUUUUACGCAAAUAUAUUCUCAAGUACAGAUAAACUUUCUCCAACUGUAAAAAUAAUCCCUUUGCGUAAAUUUAUCUGCAAGGGCAAAGGACAAGAAAAUCAGAAAAAUAGAAAUUUUUUAUCAAAAGUCUUUCAAUAUGCAUUCAUUCCUCGGGGAUAUUUAAGUGAUAUAAAACUUAGUAGUCCACUUGUUCAAAUUGUUAGAAACGAAAAUGAUGAUGAUAUAUUUGAUAAUCCAGCGAUGGAAGCUGCAGUUAAUUAUAAGUGGAUUCCAACAAGAAAUUAUUACUUUAGAAUUUUUGUUACGUAUAUUUUAUUCGCAGCUUGCUUCGCAGCUUUGGUAGGAUGUUAUUUAGGUCAUGCUGAAGCAACUGGACAUUUACGCAACUUUUUAGUUUUUCUUUUUAUUCUAUUUUAUUAUUCUGGUAUUUACUUAUUCUUGGUAGAAUGUAGACAGUGUCAACAUCAUAGUUGGAGAUAUUAUCUAGAUUUCUUCAAUUUUGUAGAUUUAGCUUCAAUUGUUACUUCAAUAGUUAUGGUAUCAGUUUAUAUUACUCCUAGCUUUAAAAAAUCAAAUGCAUUUGCUGAUGUUGUGACUACAUCAAACAUAACUGCUGG